CCGUAACGGGCUGGGCUCUGCAAAAGCUGACAAGAAGCUACACUGAGAAGCCAGGCUGGGGCCAGUGCCACCGCCCUCGCUCCUGCUGCCUCCAUCCCUGUCUCAGCGCUGGCAUUCAGGGAGAAAGAUGCCAUUGAAACCAUUUAGCUGUCUGUUGCCUGAAACAAGGUUUCUUCACGCAGGCAGGCGUGUGUACAAGUUUAAAAUCCGGUAUGGCCACUUCAGCAGUAAUCCUGAUUUUGACAACACGGAAAGUGCUGUCAAGGAGUUAGAGGAAGCGAUUCGAGUAAUCCUUGGAAAUCUCAAUGAUUUGCAUCCAUUUUCUACAGACCACUUCACUAUUUUCCCAUAUUUGAGUAAAUGGGAGAGAGUAUCGAAGAUGAGAUUCAAACAUGAGAAUGUCCAUCUUACGCCUUAUCCCUACAUUUGCACUAUGUAUCUAGAACUGAACUCAUUUUGGCAAAACGUACCUUGUGGUAAAGAAGUAAACAAGGGCAGUGAUGAGCUUGUGAAGAGAAGAAAUGAAGUGUCAGAAAGUACUGCAGGGCAAGCAUCAGUGAAGGGGAGAAGAGUGGAAGUCCAAGCAGAGACCUCAUGCCCACAGCUGGGUAUCGACAGGACUGGAGCUGAAUAUGUUCACCAUAUGAGUAAAGCAAAGCAUGGAUUUGAAAAGAAUUCCUCAAGAGAAAAUGAGCAUGAGUUUAGUCCAGCAUCUCUUACCAUGGACUACAGCCAAGUGAAUUUCUGGGGACCUGUUGUGCCUAACCCUGAACAAAGAAGAGCAACCGGUCAGGCUGAGGGUGCAGGGCAGCUACUGCAGCAAAUGGACCGCAUGGUAAACAAAGGAGACACAGAGUUGGAAGGAAGAGGUCUCUCAGGGUUCUGGAGAAGCAUAAUCUUGACACCACUACAGCAUCUUUUUGGUGGAAAGAACUGACCUGGAAGCCCUAAGUUGUGGAAAAGUAAACUUGCAGGGUGACUGUUGGGUGGGAUUGUUUCCUGUGUUGUUCAGCUUUUCACAUUACUUGUCUCAGCUUUGAAAUGCUUUAAAUGAAGUUCUACCUUUUUUAAUUUUCAAAUUAACAUACUGGAGAUAUUGGGUUAAAGUGUCUUUUUUCUUCACAACCUUGAGUGUCUUGGGAAAAGAGCAACAUGCUUUAAGAUUCUGAUCCUUGAGUGUCAUAAAUUGGGAAUUUUGCAAUUAAAAAUUCUGUGAGAUUCUAAUAAAAAUCAACUAGCAUCA